UCACGUAUGACACCCCGUUUCCAUCCACUAAAACAUGCUUUGGGCUACUACGCUAUGCACGUCGAGCACGUGUGCCUGUCAUAACUCGACAUGGAUGACCUCCAAGAGGGUUGCAGGCCCAUCAGAUACCACUUUUGCAAUGCCACUGACGGAAACACCGACACUCGAGCCAUGCGGUGGAGUGUACACGACAAUACAACCCUCUCUCGGUUUGUCCCGGCCGCCGCCCUUGUCGCUGUUGUGGCAGUGUGGAAUGCCGGGUCUCGUCCGGAUGUCCGAAGAGCGAUAUUAAGUCAUCGACGAACCGGUGAGGCAGGCAGGUGAUAUCUCCUUGUGGAUACCGCCAAUAGAUUGCCGUUGAGAAGCUUUAGAUAAAUCUGCUGCAGAGAGUCACCGGCAAAGACGGGCAGACUUCUGUCAAGCUUCCUGUCUGUGCCACGCCUUUUCCAUGGGACGAAGGCAGACCGUGACUGCGGGAUUGCAUGCAUGAGGGGUUAAAGCUUGUCAAGCCCAGAUAAUCUCCGAACCGCACACAUGGGCUAUUUUGGACCUGUUUCUUCGCAUUCGGGCUGCGGGCACCGAGUCAGCAAGCCAUAUGCGAACAGCUAUCAUCCAUGCGACGGUGCGGUCUUCCCCCAUGCCCAGGCCCUCCCCAUGGAUUGCCCCUGGCUACGUGCUGGUGCUUAAACAACGUCGAUCGUUACGCAGCACCCGCUAUGCACCAUCACACAUAGUUAUGACUUUGUUGGCACUGAGCAUGGUACUUGCAUCAGAUCUAGCUUCCCGUAAUUAGCUCACCAUCGAAUGCCGAGUUACUAGCGAGCAUACCUCUGACUAACACCACGGUACGACUGUGCCGGUGCCCAUGCAGACCAUGCCAGAAGCAGAAGAGAGCACGGCCAUACUACCUGCCUCUAACCUCACCGUACACCUUGCUAAAUUAAUCAACUUCACGGAGCCAACAUAGCUGCCCAGCCUUCUGGGUGGGGCGUAAUUCAUGUGGGUCAAUAUGCAGUAUCCAUGGGCCGGGGCACAUCAUCGCUACUCUAUUCCCAGCGGUCACCUGUUCGGGCUGUCCACACCACAUCUGCAUGGUGAGGAGAACUACCAGGUAUCCAGGUAGGUACCCAGGCACUUCGCGUGGUAUCCACCGCAGGGGGGCUGUGAGAGAGCUUGAUAUCGACGGGUACAUCAUGACUGUCGUAGCUACUCUGCAGUUUGGUGGGUAUCGACUAUGAUGCCGUACAAGUGUAUAAGAAGACCAACAUCUCCGUCCUUUGCAUCGGUUGUUUCUCUCAUCAUCCCAUCCAUCCAUCCACUUCACUCACAUUCAUUUGUGCCUUUCCAAACAUUCAGUGCCAAAGCAACAUCACCGGUCACAUAUUCAGAGCUUCUACCCUCCUGUCCCUCAAGAUGUACUCUCGCGGAUAUGUCCUCACCCUGGGUCUGCUCCAGGCUCUGCCCUUCUCCGACGCCAUACCUUCACCUCAAAUGGGUGACUAUGGUGAGAACUCGGGCUCAGUUGGAGGUGUUGAUCCACCUAUCCCCACCGUCACAGCCCAGUCCGGCUCCCUGUACGGUGACGCGAGCCUCCUCGGCGGCAACGCCCCGCUCCCGGAUGUCAAUUCUCAAUCAGCCGUCGUCCCCAAUCCGCAGAUGGUUCCCGGCCAAGAUGCAGACAGGAAGCUGGGGCUCUACCUCGACUUCAACUCCGUCGAAGCGCCCCAGCCCCUGAGGGGAGGAUUGGGCGCCACCGACCCCGGCCCACGUACUUACUACUACGAGAGGAUCAACCCCGACCUGUUUGCCCCCCCUGGCACAGACAAUGGCGAUGUCGAGAACGCCAUGUGGCCUCUGGGCCUGUCGCAUAACCGUUUCGGUACAGACCCCGGCGCCGGCUGGGCACGUCAGCAGAACACGGACGUCCUGCCUGCGGCCACCGCCAUGGCCGGCGUCGAUAUGAGGCUGGGCCCUAAUUCUUACCGCGAGCUCCAUUGGCACACUGCCAAUGAGUGGUCGCUCAUGCUAAAGGGCUGCGUUCGUGUUUCCACCGUCAACGAGAACGGGGCAACUGAUGUCGAUGAUGUAUGCGCUGGUGAUGUUUGGUUCUUCCCCUCGGGAGUUCCUCACAGCAUCCAAGCCUUUGAUGAGGGCUGCGAGUUCCUGCUUGUCUUCGAUGACGGUGCCUUCUCUGAGGACGAAACCUUCCUGCUGUCUGAGAUGAUGCUACGCACCCCUAUCAGCGUUCUCUCCAAGAAUUUCAAGGCCGACCCCAGCGCCUUUAACAACAUUCCUCAGGGCCAGAGAUACAUCUUCAACGGCAGGCCUCAACCCAAGCAGAUUGACGAGACUCAGAACCUGACCGCGUCCGCCGGCUCGCUCGACGGUACCUCUAGCUCCUAUACCUACCACUGGUCCGAGCAGGCGCCUUUCGAGACUCCCGGCGGCACAGUCAAGUUCCUGGACGCCUCCACCUUCCCCAUCGCCUCCAACUUCGCCGCCGCCCUCGUGGUCGUCCAGCCCGGCGCCAUGCGCGAGAUCCACUGGCACACGACCUCCCCCGAGUGGAACUACUUCCUGCAGGGGUCCGCGCGCAUCACGGUCUUCAAGGCACCCGAGGCCGCCCGCACCUUUGACUUCACGGCCGGCGGUGUAGGCUACAUCCCGCAGGCUGCAUCCCACUACGUCGAGAACACCGGCACCGAGGACGUUAUCUUCCUCGAGGUCCUGCAGGCGCCUAGGUUCUCCGACGUCAGCGCCGUCCAGUGGCUCGCCCUCACGCCCAAGCAGGUCGUCGAGGACCACCUCAACGUGCCCCAGGGCUUCUGGGAGAGCCUGCCCAAGGAGAAGGAGUUCAUCAAGCAGGGCCCCCUCAACAUGACUGACCUGUCUUCUGCCCCCAUCGCCACUGCUGUCCCCGUUGUCAUCCCCAGCGCUUCCCCGUCUGUUGUUGCACGUGGUGUUGAGGAGAAGAAGAGGGAGGUCACUUUCUUUGCUUAAUUGUAAUUGGUGGAUCGGGACAAUUGUUGAUUAAUUCGACAAUUGUGGAGUAUUCUUCUGUAUAUAUUUAGAUCGUGUCAGUUUUGCCAGCGGAGGUGUUUUGCCCUCUAAGUUCUUCAUUUUUUCACUU